AUGACAGUGCACCUAAAAUUACUUAUGCCUGAUGGAUCCUACUACGACCAUAAUUAUGAAGAAAAUAUUACAGUUGAGCAGAUAACCAGUUCUCUAUUCAGAGAAUGGCCUGACAGCUUGGGGAAGAAGCCGAAAUCUAACCAUCUGAAACUUAUUUUUCAAGGUAGAUUCCUGUCUCGUGAUCUCACCCUUUCAGAAUUGAAAUUACCUUCUGAGUCAAUUGCAAUGCAUUUAAUCCAACAUGAAACAAUGCCACUGCCAGGAAUUAAUGGUCAACAAAGAAGAUCUAAGGGAAGAUGUUGUCGUCUGAACUGCUUUUGUUUAUCAUAA